GAUAGCCUGUCAGCCAAGCCGCUUCUCCACCCCUCCGGGAAUACCAUCCAGAUCUUAGUCCAGGUAGAUCUGACGUCAAGAGAUGGCUUUCGUCGAUUUGACGUGUAAACACUCAUUUCCAUUCCGGCUUGGAAGGGCUGGGGCUCCACUCAGCCGGGAGACCAAAGAGCGCUCGCCACCGCCCAGCCUCUCCUCGCGCACCUCCUAUCUCACUCAGCAGAGCCACCGGGAGGGAGAAGUGGUCCGGAGUCCGUGGGAGAAAAGGGCUAGUGUUUCUGGCUUUUCUCCUUUCUUGCAUCUUUUCUUGCUUCUUUCCCCCAUCUCCUUCCGACUUGUGUGCAAGCGAGUGUGUGAGCCAUGGAGCGAAGAGGCUGGACUCUGCAGUGUACUGCUUUCGCUCUCUUUUGCGCUUGGUGUGCACUGAACAGUGUAAAAGCGAAGAGGCAAUUUGUGAAUGAAUGGGCGGCAGAAAUCCCCGGGGGACCGGAGGCAGCUUCGGCCAUAGCGGAGGAGCUGGGCUAUGACCUUUUGGGUCAGAUUGGAUCACUUGAAAAUCACUAUUUAUUCAAACAUAAAAACCAUCCCCGAAGGUCUCGAAGGAGUGCCCUUCAUAUUACUAAGAGAUUAUCUGAUGAUGAUCGUGUAUUAUGGGCUGAACAGCAGUAUGAAAAAGAGAGAAGUAAACGUUCAGUUUUAAGAGACUCAGCACUAAAUCUCUUCAACGAUCCAAUGUGGAAUCAGCAGUGGUACUUGCAAGAUACUAGGAUGACUGCAGCCCUGCCCAAACUGGAUCUCCAUGUGAUACCUGUUUGGCAAAAAGGCAUCACAGGCAAAGGAGUUGUUAUCACAGUCCUGGAUGAUGGCUUGGAGUGGAAUCACACAGACAUCUAUGAAAAUUAUGAUCCAGACGCUAGUUACGAUUUUAACGAUAAUGACCAUGAUCCAUUUCCCCGUUAUGAUCCCACAAAUGAGAACAAACAUGGGACCAGAUGUGCAGGAGAAAUUGCCAUGCAAGCAAAUAAUCACAAGUGUGGGGUCGGAGUUGCAUACGAUUCCAAAGUUGGAGGCAUAAGAAUGUUGGAUGGCAUUGUGACUGAUGCUAUUGAAGCCAGUUCAAUUGGCUUCAAUCCCGGACAUGUGGAUAUUUACAGUGCCAGCUGGGGCCCUAAUGAUGAUGGAAAAACUGUGGAGGGGCCUGGCCGACUGGCCCAGAAAGCUUUUGAAUAUGGUGUCAAGCAGGGGAGACAAGGAAAGGGCUCCAUCUUCGUGUGGGCUUCUGGGAACGGGGGGCGUCAGGGUGAUAACUGUGACUGUGACGGCUACACGGACAGCAUCUACACCAUCUCCAUCAGCAGCGCCUCACAGCAAGGCCUGUCCCCCUGGUAUGCUGAGAAGUGCUCCUCCACCCUGGCCACCUCGUACAGCAGUGGGGAUUACACCGACCAGCGAAUCACAAGUGCUGACCUGCACAACGACUGCACAGAGACCCACACGGGCACCUCGGCCUCAGCGCCCCUGGCUGCUGGUAUCUUCGCUCUGGCGUUGGAAGCAAACCCAAAUCUCACCUGGCGAGACAUGCAGCACUUGGUUGUCUGGACCUCGGAGUAUGACCCACUGGCCAAUAACCCUGGAUGGAAAAAGAAUGGAGCAGGCUUGAUGGUGAAUAGUCGAUUUGGAUUUGGGUUGCUAAAUGCCAAAGCUCUGGUGGAUUUAGCUGAUCCCAGGACCUGGACCAGUGUGCCUGAGAAGAAAGAGUGUGUGGUAAAGGAUAACAACUUUGAGCCCAGAGCCCUGAAAGGUAAUGGAGAAGUUAUCAUUGAAAUUCCAACAAGAGCCUGUGAAGGACAAGAAAAUGCCAUCAAGUCCCUGGAACAUGUGCAAUUUGAAGCAACGAUUGAAUAUUCCCGAAGAGGAGACCUUCAUGUUACACUCACUUCUGCUGCUGGGACCAGCGCUGUACUGUUGGCUGAAAGAGAGCGGGAUACAUCUCCUAAUGGCUUUAAGAAUUGGGACUUCAUGUCUGUUCACACGUGGGGAGAGAAUCCCAUAGGUACCUGGACUUUGCGAAUUACAGACAUGUCUGGAAGAGUGCAAAAUGAAGGAAGAAUUGUCAACUGGAAACUGAUUUUGCAUGGGACCUCUUCUCAGCCAGAACACAUGAAACAGCCUCGUGUGUACACUUCCUACAAUACUGUUCAGAAUGACAGAAGAGGAGUGGAGAAGAUGGUGGACGCAGGGGAGGAGCAGCCCACGCAAGAGAACCUGAAAAAGAACCCCCUUGCAUCAAAAAGCCCCAACGGUGGCAGUUCCGGGGGCAGAAGGGAUGAGCUGGUGGAGGCAGCCCCAUCGGAGGCUAUGCUGAGACUCCUGCAAAGUGCUUUCAGCAAAAACUCACCCCCAAAGCAAUCACCAAAGAAGUCUCCAAGUGCAAAGCUCCACAUCCCUUACGAAAAUUUCUAUGAAGCUCUGGAAAAGCUGAACAAGCCUUCCCAGCUUAAAGACUCCGAGGAUAGUUUAUAUAAUGACUACGUUGAUGUUUUCUAUAACACGAAACCUUAUAAGCACAGAGACGACCGGCUGCUGCAGGCUCUGGUGGACAUUCUGAGGGAAGAAAAUUGACAUCUGUGUGUGGUCCUGAGUUGGAAAUACUCAUGCUUCCUCCUUCCCCUUAGAUUUUUGCCUGUGUCUGAAGUGGUUGCUUUUGCCAUUGGUUCUUAUGCUUAUAAUAUCCUUUGGUGGUACUUUUGCUUUUGCUUCCCAAACUAGACAUGUAAAAGGGACGAGCUCAGGUUGAAAAUCCCACUUCUGAAUUGAUCAUGGCUCCUUCAAAACAUAUCUUCCCUGCGUGCACAAGUGAAAUGUUUUGUUCUUUCUGGAGCCACAGUUCAUUUUGCUUAUGGUCCUCACACCACACUAGAAUGCCUCCUUGAGCCCUCCCAUUUCAUUUCUCAAAAGAAAAGGCAUCCCCUGGACUAGAGAUUAAUUUGAAGACGUAAUCUGCAAAGAAUGAGAGCAAAGAAAACUGCUCUUAUGACUUGUCCCUUGUCUUUGCCACAUGGUUCUUUGAACUGUGAUGCCCAAGUGGGUUUAGAAAAUUUCUAAGUGAAAGAGUUCACAAUUAGACCCAUUCCCUUGGCUUUUCUACCUCCUAGUACUACACAUUCAGGGAGUGGUCAUUUGGCCAUUUUGGGAAGAAGGAGAGUCAUCGAGAUCCAGAAACAGUCCUCAAAAUCUGUGUUACCCAGUUUGAGCACUUUUAGACCAUUUUUCUUUGCUUGGUGAGCUGUGUAGAGGGCUCUGUGACUCUAAAGGUGUCCAGGACCUGUGUGUGCUCUGUCCCCUUAUGGAGGUUUCCCCUUAUGAAGGUUUUUGUUACCAUUUCCUUUCUCAGCCACAAGCUACAUACUGAGAGAACUAAUCCAUAUUACUUUCUUAGAAUAAAACUUACACUUGGGACUUGGCAAAUUCCUAGUCAUAUAUUUUUUUUAACAAUACUAGCAGGAAACCACUCACGACACAGAGAACCAACAUAAACAGGAAAAUAUUUAUAAUGGGGAGAUUUUUCUUUUAAAUUAUAUUCAUUCGAACAGGUUUUUCUGGAUCUUUAAGUCUGGGUGUUCAUUCCUUGCCGCUGAAGGCUCUUCCCCAAUCUCACAGCUGAUAGUGUUCAAUUGUUUACCAAAUUGCUUCCAGGAUUUAACUCAAGAGGCCACAAACUCCAGUCCACAGGUCCCAUUUGUCCCUCAGGUAGAUUUUGUUCAGCAUGUCAAAUGAUUUCAAAAUGUGAGUGAUUACUGAAAAUAUGAAAUUUCACAUAAAGUUUGAUUCUCAGACCCAUUUUCCCUCCUGGCAAUAGUUGGCUAGUGCUGCAUAGCAGCUGCCCAGCCAGAUUUGAGUGCCGGGUUCCCGAUGUGCCCCGCUCCGUGUUGCUCACUGUAGCAACCUCAACCCUACCGGUCGGCACCCAACAAGCAUUCCAUUUUUCCCACUGCUGCAUGAAACAACACAUACAGAGUGUAAAUGCAUUCAGAAAAAAAAAAAAUCAUCUACUUCUUUCAGGUAAGAUCUGUAUAAUCAAUAACUAUGAAAACUUGCCAUGAUGAUCCGGUUAAAUUAUAGGUGGAGAAAAAUGGCAUUUGAGACCCCUAAAAGUACCUCUGAAAUCCAGUUUGAUAUAUUUGUUUCAUUUCGCCUCCCCUGAAUACCGUUUAUACCGAAUUCACGAGCUGCCAACCCCUAGCUUCCCAAUUUCUAGGCGCUCACAAAGGCUCAUGUCACCUACAAUGCCGGCAUUCUCCCACUGCAUUUGUUGUUCGUAAUUCUUUCGUAAAGUUGGAACUUCAGGAUGCUACAGAUGAACUAGCAGAAAAAGAAGACUAGAGUCUGUCACUUGCUAUGGUUUGAAGUGUGGUGGGUAAGACCAAGCUUCACCUCCUAGUCUACCACUUGUAUUUGUGCACAAGAGGAGUAUCUGCAGAGCAAUCCCCGUGAUGCUUCAAGGAUGUUUUUCUCAAACAGCUGCAGUAUCGCUCUAUCCUUAGAAGUCUCACAUGUUGUUUGAGACAGAGUGUUGGACAGAAUUUUGAAAAUUGCAGCACAUCAAGAAGUAUUAAAGCCAGAAAGAACCAGAGAGUUAUUAGUUAAGUUGUCAACUAAAAAAACAAAGCUAAGACCCAGAGAGGCCAAUGAAUAGUAAUA